CCUCACCAAGGGGAUAUAGUCAGCGUGCGUCAGGACCACUUCCUUCUUCUUUCUCAGCCUCGAGGCUGAUCUGAAGCUCCAGACUCAAGAUUCAGGACAAAGACAAGAGAAGACAUGGACAAGCCGGCCCGUGAACAGUCGCCAUCCGGCGUCGGGCCGUUCUCCUGCCACGGCUGCGGCGGACCGCUCUAGGAAGGACAGCUGCUUCGCCUGCUUCAGGACACAGACCCCGGGGGGAGGGGAGGGACCGGCGAAUCACCGUGACAAGUCUUUGUUUACCCCCAUAUGGAUUCUGAAAAACAUUUAUUGAGGUAAAAAAGUUGCAUAGUUCUGCUUUAAAAUACACAUUAAAAAUAUAUGUGAAAACUAAUUUUGAAUAGUAUACUUUUGAAAUUACACAUGAAUUCACUUAGAAUAUAUUUGAAUUUGAUUUAUGUUGAUAAACUGUGAUUUGUAGUUAUUACGGCUGCUGCCUCUGUGUGUCUUGGGUUUGAUCCUGUUUGUCUCCCCCAGGUGUCCAGGCGUGGUGUUUGUCCUUUUUUUUCCAGCUCUUCAUCCAAGACCUCACCUGUCCUGCCAGCAGUCAAUCCUGGACACCUGUCGCCAAUCAUCCCAUCAGCCGAUCAUCCAAUCAACCUCCAGUCCUGCCCCUAUAUAUUGCUUUGCACCCUGUGUUUCUGGCGGUCUGUCUGUCUGUGUGAGAGGGAGAGCAUUUUGACACUUUGACUAAAGUUUGUGACCUUUUGGUUUUUGCCCUCCUUAACCAAACUAGUGUUGGAGGGCCUAUUUUUGUUAAAACCUACCCGUCCCCACCUAGUGUGUUUUGCAGUCAACCCCAUUCUCUGUAUUGUCUUCUUCCUUGGAGAAGGGCUCCAGGUAAGACACCCCGGGGUCUACAUUCAGCGCGUAGGUGACUUUCUGUUUAUACACACUAGGUAAGUGUGGGCGGCUGCCACGAUCUUCUGUAGCAGGCAGGUAAGGUUCAGGCUUAGUUAGUUAGGGCUAGUCACUGGUUAAGAUAGUUAAGGUCACAGGGUCGAGGUGUAGGGGAAGUUUAGGGUUUUUGUGGUUAGUGGCACCGCCCACAGGGCCCUUCUCCUAACGUCCUCCUGCCCUCCAUUAGCUCUCCCCAUUUUUGUUUCUACCAGCCUUUUGUUUUACGCCUGCUGACUGUGUUCUGGCAUCUUUUUUGUAAUUUGUAAAAUUUGUAACACUGCUUCUGUUUAAUUAUAUCCUUUGUUAUAUAAAUUCCCUUUUUCCUAUGGAAAAGGCCACCAAGUUCUUUUGUGUUGUGUACCUGGUUUUGCCCGCUCACCACCUGACGCUAUUUACAUCUGCCCAGUAGGCCUGCGCAUAAGUGUUGCGUUUUCCCCCCUCACUCCUAGUUUGGCCAUUUUUAACAACUUCAAGGGGGGACGUAACAUAGUGGGGGCUCGUCCGGGAAAACCUUAUUGUGUCCGGAGGCUUGUGUGUGGGUGUACUGUUGUGGACUGGUUCUGGUGGUGUGGCAGCCUUGUGUUUGGUUGGUAUGGUGGAGUCCAUUGUGCAACUGUUUAUUGAUACCCCAGCAGUAGAGCUGUUGGAUAGAUGCCGUGUACAGAUUUACAGGCCAUUGCAGAGCACUUUUCUAUUCAACUGCCUAAGGGCUUGCUGAAGGCUGAGUUGACGCAGCAUGUCAAGCAAGAGUUGGUGAAAGCUGGUGUGCUUGUGGUGGUGCCUGAGGUGGUGUCUUCUACUCCUUUCCCUGGGGUGGAGGAAAUCUCCCCUAGUGGUGGAAGGCUCCCACAGCCUGACCUGGAGUUGGAGGCUGAUGCGCAGGCUGCGCCAGAGGUGUUAGUUCCCCGAUCGUGCCUGUUGCUCCCGGCGUGUUGGCUGCCUCGGAUGUUUUGGUUGCCCCUCCAGAAGUCCCUCGGACCAUGCCUCGGUUCAGCCCAACUCGGUUGUCCCCUCCUGAGACGUCUGAUAAAGCUCGGUUACGUCUCCGUAUGGCUUCUCUUGAGUUGCAACACCGUGAGAGAGAGCGUAGAGAGAGGGCCGAGUAUGAGCAUAAACUGCAGCUCAGGAAGCUGGAACUGGAGGCUGAGGUCCAGAAGAGGCGUGUGGAGAGGAGGAGAAGGUAGCCCUGGCUCAUGCCAGAGUGUCAAGCAGUCGUAUGCCUGAUGCCUCCAGCCCCUCUGCAUUCGCCACAGCCAGCCCACCCGACCAGUUUGAUGUGACAAAAAACAUUUCUCUUGUUCCGCCCUUCAGAGAAUCUGAAGUAGACUCUUACUUUGGAGUGUUUGAGCGUAUAGCAGCAGCUCUUAAGUGGCCUGAGGAGAUGUGGCCGCUGUUGCUACACUGCAAACUAACUGGUAAAGCCCAAGAGGUUGUCUCUGCUUUGUCUUUAGAAGACAGUUUAAAGUAUGAUAAGGUGAAAGCUACAGUGUUAAGGGCCUAUGAACUGGUCCCAGAGGCCUACCGACAGGGGUUCCGUCAGCAUAAGAAGGCGACGAAUCAAACUUUUGUUGAAUUUGCCCGUGAGAAGGAGCAAUUAUAUGAUCGUUGGUUACAGGCUAGCAAAGUGACAGAUUUCGCGUCCCUUCGAGAACUCAACCUCCUUGAAGAGUUCAAAAGUUGUGUCCCGGAGAAGUUUGUUGUAUACUGUAAUGAACAAAAAGUCACUACAUUGUCCCAGGCAGCAGUACUAGCUGAUGAGUUUGCUUUGACCCACAAAACUGUGUUCACAGCACCUCGUGUGGAGACACGGAGAGUUGUCUCGCCUCCUGUACAGUCUGGUCCGUCCCAAGUCGCUUCUGGCUCAAAAGGGACAGGUGCUCGUGAGUGUUUCUACUGUCAUAAAGUGGGCCAUUUAAUUCAAGACUGUAGGAAACACUUUCAGGCGGAGAAAAGGUCUCCUUCUUCACCCAACGGUAAAAAGCCUGUGGUGCUGGUCAAAACUAAGCCUGUUGCUCGUGAGGUAUCUGGUGGGUGUGCUGACUCUCCAGAUCCCAGUUAUGCGCCAUUUAUUUUCCCUGGGUCUGUGUCUCUAUGUGACAGUUCUGAGGAAGUGCCCAUUCACAUUCUGCGUGACACUGGAGCAGCGCAGUCAGUGAUUCUAGUUGACGUGUUGCCCUGGUCAGAGGCUUCUUCCUGUGGAUACAGUUUACUUUUACAGGGAAUUGAAAUGGGACAUGUGCCGGUGCCACUACAUUCUGUUAAGUUGCGCUCAAAGUUGAUUAGUGACCAAUUUAAGGUUGCGCUGCAGCACUCUCUCCCUGUGAAAGGAGUGUCAUUAAUCAUGGGAAAUGAUAUCACCUGUGAUUGAAGUCUUUGCUCCUCCCAAUAAACCCAUGUGUUUAGACACUCUGGGAGAAGAUUUCCCAUCUGCCUUCCCUGCUUGUGUGUUUACCCGUGCCCAGUCACGGAGGUUAGGGGAGGAAGUGUGUGGAUUAGAGGAUACUGUGCUUUGUCCUUUAUUCCAGUCUGCUGAAAAUGUGUCACCUUCCAGUCCUGUGAAGAACCAAGACUCGGUUAAGCAGGUGAAAUCAUUAACUGAUGAGUUAGUGCUCCCAGUGACAGGUGAUACUCUCAGAAAAGCUCAAAAGCAGGAUCCUAGCUUAACCAACUGUGUUUCUGCAGCGGUAAGCUCAGAAGAGGCUUCUACGAAGAAGGUAGCCUAUGUGCUAGAGGAUGGUCUUUUGUUGCGUACCUGGAUGCCUAGGAAGGAUACGGACAAGGUUUUGGAUUCUGUGAAGCAGGUUGUUGUUCCAAAGCCGUUCCGUGCUCAAGUGUUGGCGUUAGCCCAUGACAGUCCCUGGUCCGGUCAUCUAGGUGUCACAAAAACUUAUGACCGAAUCCUCAAGCACUUCUUUUGGCCAGGGUUAAAGAAAGAUGUAGCUACACAUUGUAGGACCUGUCAUACCUGCCAGAUUGUGGGUAAACCUAACCAGGUUGUCUCCCCAGCUCCUCUCUGCCCAAUACCAGUCAUGGCAGAGCCGUUCGAGCGCGUCAUUGUGGACUGCGUAGGUCCACUGCCUCGAACAAAAGCAGGUAAUCAGUUUCUAAUAACAAUUAUGUGUACCGCUACCCGUUUUCCUGAAGCCAUUCCAGUAUGCAAAAUAACUGCUAAAGUUGUCAUUGCUCUCCUCACGAAAUUUUUCUCUACAUUUGGCCUACCAAAGAUAGUCCAGACAGAUCAGGGUUCCAAUUUCCUGUCAAAGUUGUUUUCCCAGGUUCUCAAAACCCUGAACAUCACUCAUAAAGUGUCAAGUGCCUAUCAUCCUCAGAGUCAGGGGGCGUUGGAAAGAUGGCACCAGACUCUAAAGUCCACCCUCCGCAAGUACUGCUUGGACACCAGCAAGGACUGGGAUGAAGGUAUUCCCUUCGUGUUGUUUGGUCUCCGUGAAACUGUGCAGGAAUCCCUCAAGUUUAGUCCUGCAGAGUUGGUCUUUGGACAUACCGUACGAGGCCCGUUGAAAGUUUUGAAAGAGAGAAUGAUCUCCACAGAUCCAGCUCCAAGAAGUGUGCUGGAUUAUGUCAGCAAAGUGAGAGAGCGAUUACAUCAUGCUUGUGCCUUAGCUAAGGAGGUGUUGUCAUCUUCCCAGGAAACCAUGAAGACUCGUUAUGAUAAAACGGCUGUUCCACGAGCUCUCCAGCCAGGUGAUAGUUUUGGUGCUGUUGCCAGUCCCUGGUUCUGCCCUGUCUGCCCGCUUCAGUGGUCCAUAUAUGGUGGAGAAAAAACUCAGCGACACGGACUAUGUGAAACAGACGCCCGACCGGAGACGUCAGACCAGAGUGUGUCAUAUUAAUAUGCUUAAACUGUAUCACACAAGAGAUGGAGAGCCGUCUAAUGAUGGUCCUGUUCCGUGUUGAAUGUCACCGCUCAUGGUGAUGCUGAUGAUGAUGGCCUUGACCUGCGGACUCAGCCACAUCAGUGCGCCAGGUUAAGUAACUCGGAGGUGUUAAACUCUCUUCGAGAACAUUUGACUCACUUAAGCAAAGUGCAGCAGGAUGAUGUGGUGAAACUGAUUGACUCCUAUCCCAGUUUGUUUUCAGAUGUGCCCACACGCACUUCAGUUCUGUCCCACGACAUAGAUGUCCAUAACGCGGUGCCGAUUAAGCAGCAUGUCUACCGAGUGAACCAAGGUAAACGUAAGAUCAUGCAGCAGGAGGUUGCGUACCUAAUAGAGAAUGGUCUGGCCAUUCCCAGUACUAGUCCAUGGAGCUCCCCCUGUCUGCUGAUUCCUAAACCUGAUGGUACCAGCUGGUUUUGCACAGAUUAUCGCAAGGUAAAUGCAGUCACAGUCCCUGACUCUUUUCCUUUGCCCCGCAUCGAUGACUGUGUAGACACCGUUGGAAAUGCUGUUUUUGUCACGAAAUUGGAUUUAUUAAAGGGUUACUGGCAGGUUCCACUAACAUCUAGAGCUUCUGACAUCUCUGCCUUUGUAACUCCUGACAAUUUUCUCCAGUACACAGUGAUGGCAUUCGGCAUGCGCAAUGCUCCAGCAACCUUCCAGCGUCUCGUUAAUACAGUUGUAGGUGAUGUCCCGAACUGUACCGCUUACAUAGACGACCUGGUCAUCCAUUCUACUACCUGGACAGAGCAUCUGACAUCGCUGAGGGCAGUUUUCCAACGGUUGGCCGAUGUCCAGUUAACGAUCAACUUAGCUAAAUGCGAGUUUGGAAAGGCCACAGUCACAUACCUCGGGAAGGAGGUAGGCCGCAGUCAGGUGAGACCAAUAGCAGCAAAGGUCUCUGCCAUUGCUGACUUUCCUGCUCCUGCAACCCGUAGACAGUUGCGCAGAUUCCUAGGUAUGGCCGGCUACUACAGAGGAUUCUGUCGUAACUUUGCUACUGUUGCAGCUCCCCUCACUGGUCUGCUGAGUCCCUCUGUACAAUUUCACUGGUCUGGUGAGUGCCAAUCUGCAUUUGACUCCAUCAAAACACUGCUGUGUAGCUCUCCUGUUCUGUCUGCCCCAGAUUUUGAGCGACCGUUCAAGCUGCACGUGGACGCAAGUUCUGUUGGUGCUGGUGCUGUUCUUGUUCAAGAAGAUACCGAAGGAAUUGAUCACCCUGUCUGUUUCUUUUCCCGCAAGUUCACCCAGGCCCAGACUAGAUAUUCCACCAUCGAGCAGGAGACGCUAGCUUUACUUUUAGCAUUGCAGUAUUUUGAAGUAUAUCUUGGCUCCAGUCCAUUUGACGUUGAGGUUUUCACUGAUCAUAAUCCUCUGGUGUUCCUGAAUCGCAUGUAUAACCAUAAUCAGUGCCUCAUGCGCUGGGCAUUAAUGGUUCAGGGUGUUCCGCUGGUUGUACGCCACAAGAAAGGUUCGGAGAAUGUGGUUGUGGAUGCCCUUUCUCGGGCCUACUCUUAGGUAAGAUAAUGAACUCUGAUUAUUUUGAGCUGCGCAUGGAUACAAUACAUAUGAUGCAAAAGUGAUUUUUGUCAUAGAUGUAUCCUAGAGGGGUCCUGGAUCUUGUAGUUAUCACAAUCCCACAGGAUUGCUCUUAAGGGUGGGGGUGUUACAGCUGCUGCCUCUGUGUGUCUUGGGUUUGAUCCUGUUUGUCUCCCCCAGGUGUCCAGGCGUGGUGUUUGUCCUUUUUUUUCCAGCUCUUCAUCCAAGACCUCACCUGUCCUGCCAGCAGUCAAUCCUGGACACCUGUCGCCUAUCAUCCCAUCAGCCGAUCAUCCAAUCAACCUCCAGUCCUGCCCCUAUAUAUUGCUUUGCACCCUGUGUUUCUGGCGGUCUGUCUGUCUGUCUGUGUGAGAGGGAGAAAUCACUUGUUCGUUUGGAGAGCAUUUUGACACUUUGACUAAAGUUUGUGACCUUUUGGUUUUUGCCCUCCUGAACCAAACUAGUGUUGGAGGGCCUAUUUUUGUUAAAACCUACCCGUCCCCACCUAGUGUGUUUUGUAGUCAACCCCAUUCUCUGUAUUGUCUUCUUCCUUGGAGAAGGGCUCCAGGUAAGACACCCCGGGGUCUACAUUCAGUGCGUAGGUGACUUUGUUUAUACACACUAGGUAGGUGUGGGCGGCUGCCACGAUCUUCUGUAGCAGGCAGGUAAGGUUCAGGCUUAGUUAGUUAGUUAGGGCUAGUCACUGGUUAAGAUAGUUAAAGUCACAGGGUCGAGGUGUAGGGGAAGUUUAGGGUUUUUGUUGUUAGUGGCACCGCCCACAGGGCCCUUCUCCUAACGUCCUCCUGCCCUCCAUUAGCUCUCCCCAUUUUUGUUUCUACAAGCCUUUUGUUUUACACCUGCUGGCUGCGUUCUGGCAUCUUUGUUGUAAUUUGUAAAAUUUGUAACACUGCUUCUGUUUAAUUAUAUCCUUUGUUAUAUAAAUUCCCUUUUUCCUAUGGAAAAGGCCACCAAGUUCUUUUGUGUUGUGUACCUGGUUUUGCCCGCUCACCAGCGACGCUAUUUACAUCUGCCCAGUAGGCCUGCGCAUAAGUGUUGCGUUUUCCCCCCUCACUCCUAGCUUGGCCAUUUUUAACAACUUCAAGGGGGGACGUAACAGUAGUACAAUUAUUUCAAAGUGUGUUAAAAGUGUCAGUGUGAAAGCUUAAUGUUAGUAUUGUUGGUUCCAUCGAUCUCGAGAGAUCAUGGACAAGCCAGGAUGAAGUUCUGAAGGAACCGAGAUGCCGAGUCAGCACGUCCCCCUUCUCAUCCUCGCUGGUAGUGUCCAGCGGAAGCUACAGGCCCAUACAGUUGGUACCACCUUGGCUAAAGCAGUUGCCAGUAGGAGCUCCAAGGCGAGAACCAACCGCCUUCAGGGCUGUACUCCAUAUUUUUUCUGCAGGGGAGGGUCUCCCUUAGCCUUUGUCACUCCCAUGAUGGCCACAAGGCAGUGGUGCUAUUUUACCCAUAGCUGGGGGUUGCAAUAUGCAGACAGGGGGAGACAGGAAUCAAACCAACAACCUCUCGAUUGUAAGACGACUGCUCUCCCCACAGCUGCCUCAAUGUCAUUAUCCUUGUUAUAUAUUUACAAAAGGUGCAAUUUGUGGAAGUAUAUUGUCAAUAUAGGAGUGAAAGUAUGAAUAAACUGAGAAUAUAAUAAAGUCCUCUUUUGUGUCACCAGGGGAGCAGAAGUUGAAGCUUGACAUUCCAGCUGAACGACGGCUGGAAGAUCUCACAGCUGAGGGAUCCCUGACGUCUCUGAGCUGCAGGGGGCAGCAGCUCACCAGCAGAACCAGGGCAGACCAGCGUUCACAGGAGCAGGAAACCAGAGGAGGGUUGGGCUUCAAAGCUGCUGAGCAGGAAGAGAUACUCUUCAAACACUGGCUGUUGUUGAGAGGAGGAAAUGGCUCAGGGAGGAGCUCAGAUGGAUCCACUAAAGUUCUCUUGUUCCAUCUGUCUGGAUCCCCUGAAGGAUCCGGUGACGGUUCCCUGUGGACACAGCUACUGCAGCAACUGUAUUAAUGGACACUGGGAUGAAGAGCAAAACAAGGGAAUCUACAGCUGUCCUCAGUGCAGGAAGGAGUUCAUGCAGAGACCAGACCUGGAGAUAAACUUCAUGUUGGCAGAGUUAGUGGAGGAUCUGAAGAAGACUGGACUCCAAGCUGCUGCAGCUGAUCUCUGCUCUGCUGGACCUGAAGAUGUGGCCUGUGAUGUUUGCUCUGGGAGGAAGCUGAAAGCCGUCAAGUCCUGUCUGGUCUGUGUGGCCUCUUACUGUGAGGAACACCUCCAAGGUCACUACGAAGCAGCUCCAUUGAAGAAACACCAGCUGGUGGAGCCCUCCAAGAAGCUCCAGGAGAAGAUCUGCUCUCUUCUCGAUGAGGUGAAGAAGAUUUUCUGUCGCACUGAUCAGCAGUGCAUCUGUUACCUCUGCACCAUGGACCAACACAGAGGCCAUGAAACAGUCCCAGCUGCAGCAGAAAGGAGCCAGAAGCAGAAGGAGCUGGAGGGGAGUCGACUAAACAUCCAGCAGAGAAUCCAGGAGCGAGAGAAAGACGUGAAGCUGCUUCAGCAGCAGAUGUUUGCCAUCAAUGUCUCUGCUGAUGAAGCAGUGGAGCACAGCGAGGAGAGCUUCACCCAGAUGAUCCGUCUCCUCCAGAAAAGAAGCCUUGAGGUGAAGCGGCAGCUCAGAUCCCAGCAGCAAACUGCAGUGGGUGGACUCAAAGAGCUUGAGGAGAAGCUGCAGCAGGAGAUCGCUGAGCUGAAGAGGAAAGACGUCCAGCUGGAGCAGCUGGCUCACACAGAGGACCACACCCAGUUUCUCCACAGCUACACCUCAGUGUCAGCACUCAGUGAGCCCACACACUCCUGCAGCAUCCAGACUGCUCCUCUCAGAUACUUUGAGGAUGUGGCAGCAGUUGUGUCAGAGAGCAGAGAGAAAUUCCAGGACUUCCUGAGAGAGAAUGAAGAGGAGAUGUUACUGCUACAACCACAGCCAGAGAGCAGAGCAGACUUCUUACAAUAUUCACAGCAGAUCACUCUGGAUCCAAACUCUGUGAACAGAGAGCUGAAAUUAUCUGAUGGAGACAGAAAAGUAACUUGUACAGAGGAAGAUCAGCCUUAUUCUGAUCAUCCAGACAGAUUCACUGAAUAUCGUCAGGUUCUGAGCAGAGAGAGUCUGACUGGACGUAGUUACUGGGAGGUGGAGAGGAGAAGAGGAGUUUUUGUAGCAGUCACAUACAAGAACAUCAGCAGAGCAGGGAGGGAGAAGGAAUGUGUGUUUGGAGGUGAUGACAAAUCUUGGGCUUUAGAUUGUGUCUCUGACACUUUUAGUUUUUAUCACAACAACAUCCAAACUCCCGUCUCAGGUCCUUGGUCCUCCAGAGUGGGAGUGUACCUGGAUCACAGAGCAGGUAUUCUGUCUUUCUACAGUGUCUCUGAAACCAUGACUCUCCUCCUCAGAGUCCAGACCUCCUUCACUCAGCCGCUACAUGCUGGAGUUUAUGUUUGUCCUGGAUCCUCAGCAGAGUUCCUGAAACCUGAGUAGAGGACUCCAUCAGACCUCCUGGUGGGGUUUUCUAAAGGAGCCUCCACAUUUUCUGAGCUGAGGCGUUGAUGAGAUUUCUGACAGGAAGUACAUUGAAACCAACAGAUGGUCGGCCGUCUUCUCAGAGACUUUCUACGGGGACAAAAGGAUGUGAGACGAGUGUGGAGAGACAGAAAGGAGCUGAGUUAGUGGAGAAAAACAUGGCCGCUGCAGCCGUCAGUCCCUCACUGAUUCCUCAACUGAUGCUUUUCUAAUAGUUGGACUCAUUUUUCAAGCUUCUCAAACAGGAAGUUCUUCUUCAUGGACUACAGGAAGCUGCAGCUUUUCACACUUUGGGGGAUUUGAAGUGGAAAUUAGGAGCUUUCACAUGUUUGGAUUGAUCAGUCUUUCUUUUUUCAUGAUUCUUUUCUGACAUUUGAUCCUUCAGAGUGAAGAUUUGUGGAUUUUCUUGAACAGUGAACUGAUUGUUUUGGCUUUUUGGAUCUUCAUCUGUCACCAAGUGGCAGGAAGUUUGAUUCCUUUAGCUGGAAAUGACUCCAGUCGACAACACACACACACACACACACACACACACACACACACACACACACACACACACACAGGUUUCUUUUAAAGACAUUAAAUCAGUCAUAAAGUGAAAUGCUACUUUAUUGUCGAUUUGUUUCUUUUUCAAAGGUUUUUGCUUCAAAUGUUGUUUGUGUGACACCAAGAGAAACCAAGUCAGUCAACAUGGAGCCUUUAAUAAAAUACAUUCAGUCAUCA